UGUCUUCUGUUCAUAGAUUUGCUGUUUUUGUCAGGUUAUUGUUGAGCCAUUAAAUAAUCUCCACAUUAUUUAGAUUUAUUGUACUUUUAUGAAAAAAUAAACCUGUUUACAUCAGUGUCAGCUGUUCCUCCAGCUGUUCCUCCAGAUGUUUUGGUGAAUCCUAUGACUGAUCAUCUAACGCUCUUUUUAGUCGCCUUUUUCUUUUCAUUUGAGUAAAUCUUUCAGUCUGAACUUUUCCCUUUGAUCUUUGCGGUUUUAUCCGUCAUGUUAUGUAAUGUCCCGCCGGAUGUGAAGUUACGCUCAGCACAGUGAGUUUGGCGCACGCGGCUCCUCACAGCUGCGUGCGCGCGUGGACAGCCCUCCCCGCUGCUGCAUCCGUUCCUCCGUUCUCCCGCGGAGAGGAGCGCCAUGGCCCCCGAUCAGGCUGCAGGGAUGCCGGAGCCGCUCGCAGGAGGACAGACGCUGGUCCGGCGGAGGAGCGGGGCUCGGCGGAGGAGGCGGAAAGAGAUGCUUGCCGUCCGCGUGUGCCUCGCGGGGGUCGUGCUGGGGCUCGCCGCUGGGCUUCGCUCGGUGUCUCACGGAGCAGGAAAGCGUCUUCCCAGUUCGUUGGGUGUGGAGGAAGCAAAGUGGGAGAGCCGACAUCUUCUACAGGAAGAUGUGAAGUCUGAGCUUUUCUCAGAGCCAGAGAAAAACUGCACUGAACCAGCGAUCCAUGAGUUCCCCAGAGAUUUCUUCACAAACCAGGAGCGAGCAGAAGGAGCUGUGGGCCUGCACGUCCUCUGUACAGUUUACAUGUUCUAUGCGCUGGCUUUGGUCUGCGAUGACUACUUUGUGCCCUCCCUAGAAAAGAUAUGUGAGCAUCUUCAAAUGAGUGAGGAUGUUGCAGGAGCCACCUUCAUGGCAGCUGGCAGUUCGGCGCCUGAGCUCUUCACCUCCAUCAUCGGCGUGUUCAUCACCAAAGGCGACGUGGGCGUCGGCACCAUUGUGGGCUCUGCUGUCUUCAACAUUCUCUGUAUUAUUGGAGUGUGCGGCUUGUUCAGCCUGCAGACCAUCCGUCUGUCCUGCUGGCCUCUGCUCAGAGACUCUACUUACUACACCAUGUCCAUCUCAGCCCUCAUUGUGUUCAUCUAUGACGAGAAGGUGGUGUGGUGGGAAGCUCUCACGCUGGUUCUGAUGUACUUCGUCUACAUUUUGAUCAUGAAGAUGAAUUCUCACAUUGUUCGUUUUCUGGAGAGUCAGAAGAAAAGCCCAUCCGGUUUGAAGAACGGUGCCGCCGGCAGCGCUGAACUGGAUGAUGGCUGUGACGCCACAGCAGUGCUGCUGAAGAAAGCAAACCACCAAAGGAAGGUGUCGGUGCUGAUGGUGGACGAGCUGUUGUUGGCGUUCCCACACCAGCUGUCCUUUUCUGAGGCAGGAAUGAGGAUCAUGAUCACCAGUCAUUUCUCCCCCAGAACCCGCCUCACCAUGGCGUCACGCAUGAUCAUCACUGAGAGACAGCGGCUGAUCAACACCCGGACUCUGACCAACGGAGACUCGGACGUCCCCUCUAAAGGCCGGCGGGGCACAAAGACCGGCCGCUCUGCAGCUGAGAGGCGCCUCAGCAUCCGGCACAGCGACCAGGAGGCAGGGCUCCAAAUGGAGGAUGAGAAGAAUGGCAAUGACGAAGAGGAGGAGGAAGAGGAGGAGGAUGGAGAGGGACCCUUUGUACCUUUACACUGCCCAGGAGGUCUGCUGAACAAACUGAAGUGGCUGCUGGCCUGGCCCCUCAGUCUGCUGUUUUACCUGACCAUCCCAAACUGCUCCUCCCCCCGCUGGGAGAAGUGCUUCAUGCUGUCCUUCGUGUCCUCCACCCUGUGGAUUGCAGGCCUUUCCUACAUCAUGGUCUGGAUGGUGACGGUCAUCGGUUUCACUCUCGGCAUUCCUGAUGUGAUCAUGGGCAUCACCUUCCUGGCAGCCGGCACCAGCGUUCCUGACUGCAUGGCCAGCCUGAUUGUGGCACGUCAAGGGAUGGGGGACAUGGCGGUCUCCAACUCCAUUGGCAGUAAUGUGUUUGAUAUCCUGGUGGGGCUUGGUCUUCCGUGGGCCCUCAAGACUUUGGCCAUCAACUAUGGCUCAGACAUCAAACUCAACAGCAAAGGGCUCAUCUUCUCAGUGGGGCUUCUGCUGGGGUCUGUGUUUCUCACCGUCCUGGGGGUCCACCUGAACAAAUGGACUCUGGACAAACGUCUGGGCGUCUGCUGUCUCCUGCUUUACUUGGUCUUCCUGUGCUUCUCCUGCCUCAUCGAGUACAACAUCUUCACCUUUGUUAACCUGCCGACCUGCCAGGAUAACUGAGGCACCCCCCCCAAAGCACAGAGCCUCCCACUGUAAAAUCCCCCUCCCUUUUUUAAAAACGCAGCAUCUCCAAAGCGUUUCCUCACAGAUGUUUGCUGGACCAGCCGGUGAUGCUGAUUGUGAGGUGGUGCUUGUGAUAUGAAGCGUCCACUGCGGCUUGUGUCAAAGGUCUGAAGCAUCACUUCAGUGCAGGUGGAGGAGUGGCUCCUGUCUUGGUCUGAGGAUGAGGAGGGCGGAGCUGCAGGACCUCCAAGCCUGUUUGGAGAAGCAGACCUGCAGGGUUCACAGACUUUAUGUGAUAUGUGGAGGGUUUUGAUGCUCGUCACCUGGAGUCCCAGUCCUCCUGCACGUUUGUUGUUCCUCAUGGCGUGUUGCUGGACCUCAGGCACUUCUGAUUUGUGGAUUAGCUUGAACAAACUAGAGACAAAGAACCGUUGAAAAGGUGUUUUUGUGUUUCUUGUGUAAAUACUGACGUUUACAAAGAGCAGGUUGGGAUUUCUGAUGUGCAAUAGGCUUAGUUCUGAAUUGAGAGACAAUCUGCUGUGGGAUCUGAAAAAACACUGGAAUCCUCCGUCCGCGAUGAUGAUGUGCAGUCAGGGAGCAUGCACGCACUUCCAGCAAGCACACUGAGGAUUUCUGGCCAUCAAAGAUUCUCAACUUUACAAUAAAGAUGACGAUAAAAUUAUGUCCAAAAAUGUUACGCAAACAUUCCUGCAGAAUUACAGCAAAGUGAACAUUUUGAAAGGGUUUUAAUUUGAACAGGUUAGCGUUCAGAGGUUAGCGCUCUCACUUCACAGUGACAAGGCCCUGGUUCAAAUCCCGGGCAUUUCUGUGUGGAGUUUGCAUGUUCUCCCCGUGCAUGCGCAGGGUUUUCUGCAGCUUCCUGCAGGCGCCAUCCAUCCAUGCUCAGAACCCGUUGAAUGGAUUUAGCAGUUCUGAAGAUGGAUGGAUGGAUCCCAGUCUAAUCCCAGUGUGCACAUAAGAGAACAUGUAACCACAGAUAUGAUGUUCUGAUUAUGUCAGCCUUAGGAGUGGAAGUUAUAGAACAGGAGAAAAUGCAGUAAAUGGCUCACAUGAAUUUAUCAUCUAUGUCAUCCAUCUUAGUCAUCUCUUCGCUCCUCCAGGAGAAUACCAAGGUAUUCCCAGACCAGCAGAGAGACCAUUUCUCCAGCGGGUCCUGGGUCUCCUGCUGGUGGGAUACGCUUAUAACACCUCACUAUGAUGAUGUUCUCUCCAGAUGUUUAAACGUCCUUAGCUGAGGGAGCAGGAGGUCCAACUUCCACAUAGACCAUAGCUGUGGGGGGAGGGGGGGCAUGGAUGCACCAGUAAACUGAGGGGCUCAGAUCUCUGGCAUGACAGAGCAGACACAUGAUCCCUCCUUCCCCACCGUGAACAGAGCAGAGAAGCUGCAGAAACACAUUCAUGUUUACACUACAGUUUUAUACACAACACUACAUUAUUUAAGAAAACAUGUUAUAAGCAGGGAACUUUUGUAUUUUUUUAUUUUUCAAUUAUUUCAGAGUGUCGGUAUGUUUGCAGUGACUUUUCGUUCAAUGACAUUUUCAUUCGUCUUUUGUUGUUUUCUAUCAUAUUUCAAAAAGUGUUUGUUUCAUGAAUCAAGCUGUGCUCCAAAGGUUCCAUCAGCUGCAGUGACAUUUAUGGACGUGCUCAUGAAAAUACCUGAACAGUGCAAUAAACACCACCAUGUUUCUGGGCUCAAACAGCCACAUUUACAGGGGUCAGUGAAGGCACCAGCGAACUUGCAUCAAACGCUGUGAUGUCAUGACUUUAUAAAAACAAAGAGGUCAUUUCCAUUUUCCUGCUGUAAUAAAUGUUUGUGUCUGUUUUCAAAUCUGAA